AUGAAAGGAUUGGGCUCACAGCCAAGUCGAAAAGAACUUGAGGGUAUUGGUGGAUGGCAAGCUGGAUAUGAGCCAGCCCAGAAAGCCAAAUAUAUCCUGAUCUGCAUCAAAAGAAGCGUGGCCAACAGAUCAACAGUGGUGAUACCGCUCUUAUUCUCUGUGCUGGUGAGGUCACACCUGGAGAUGCAUACAGAUGUGGAGUCAUCAGGGCAGGAGAGACAUGGACCUGUUGUUGUGUGCAGCUUAGACAUCGAUGGUUUUCUUUCCAUGUCCAUAUUUGUCUCUAGUGAAAACUGGGUUAUGUCCAAAAUUAAUCUCCGAGCCACUGAUGUGAAACUUAUGCGACAGCUACUCAUCAUCAAUGAAAGUAUUGAAUCAAUCAAGUGGAUGAUUGAAGAGAAGGGCAUUGCCAGCAGAGGGAGCAGUUUGAGUGGCAGCCUGUGCAGCUUAUUGGAAAGUCAGGACACAUCCUUCCAUGGCAGCUGUAGCAGUUUACAGGACUGUAGUGAUGGUCUGGAUGGAAUAUCAGUGGGAAGUUACUUGGACACUUUAGUUGAUGAUGUUCCUGGUCACCAAACACCUUCUGAUGUAGACCAGUUCAGUGAUUCUUCUAUUAUGGAAGACUCACAUAAGCAUCCCAAAAUUGAUUCAGAUGAGUACUACUGUUUUGGUUAAUAAAAAAAAGUUCCAGUGGGACAUUCAUGCACUUGUAUUUAUCCUUUUUCUUUGCUGCUAUUUUAUUUCACAUGCAAAAAACCCAAACUUCUCUUGGAAGAAAAAUAUACUGUGAUAUUUUGAUUCCACUUCUGAACUAUUUUGUUUAUUCUAACACAUUUCCUCCUCAAAAAAUUGUCUGCCCCUCUCCUCCUCGCCUUUUCUUUCUUUUAAUUUAUUGUUGCAAUUUUUCUUUUUGUUGCUUUUUUUUUUUUUCUUCAUUACUAUAUUCACAAGUCUUUAAAAGCGGUGAAGGAGAAGCUUUAUCUUUAAAAUGAGACUUCAGGGAAUGACAGCAUCAAUUUUGUACUCGUUGGCAAUAAAAUACCUUCUGAUAAGUAAAAAUUGUGGACAUUUUU